AUGUCAGAAAAUAACGAAUUUCAGAGUGUCACCGAAUCGACGACUGCUCCAACUACUAACAACCCAUACGGCCCAAAUCCCGCAGAUUACCUUUCCAAUGUUAAGAAUUUUCAGUUGAUUGAUUCAACCUUAAGAGAAGGUGAACAAUUUGCUAACGCAUUCUUCGAUACUGAAAAGAAAAUUGAAAUCGCUAGGGCUCUGGAUGAUUUUGGUGUUGAUUACAUCGAGCUGACCUCACCCGUAGCAUCUGAACAGUCCAAAAAGGACUGUGAAGCUAUAUGUAAACUAGGCUUAAAGGCCAAGAUUCUUACGCACAUCCGUUGUCACAUGGAUGACGCCAAAGUCGCCGUAGAGACUGGUGUCGACGGUGUCGACGUCGUCAUCGGUACCUCCAAAUUUUUAAGGCAGUACUCCCACGGUAAGGAUAUGAACUACAUUGCCAAGAGCGCUGUUGAAGUCAUUGAAUUCGUCAAAUCCAAAGGUAUUGAAAUCAGAUUCUCCUCCGAAGAUUCCUUCAGAAGUGACCUAGUUGACCUUUUGAACAUCUAUAAAACCGUUGACAAGAUCGGUGUAAAUAGAGUCGGUAUUGCUGACACAGUUGGGUGUGCUAACCCAAGGCAAGUAUAUGAACUUAUCAGAACUUUGAAGAGUGUUGUCUCAUGUGACAUUGAAUGCCACUUCCACAACGAUACUGGUUGCGCCAUUGCCAACGCCUAUACAGCCUUGGAAGGUGGUGCCAGAUUGAUUGACGUCAGUGUACUGGGUAUUGGUGAAAGAAACGGUAUCACUCCUCUCGGUGGGCUCAUGGCAAGAAUGAUUGUUGCCGCACCAGAAUACGUCAGAUCCAAAUACAAGCUGCACAAGAUUAGAGAUAUCGAAAAUCUGGUAGCUGAAGCUGUGGAAGUUAACAUUCCAUUUAACAACCCUAUCACUGGGUUCUGUGCAUUCACCCAUAAGGCAGGUAUUCAUGCCAAGGCCAUUCUAGCGAACCCAUCUACCUACGAAAUAUUGGACCCUCACGAUUUCGGUAUGAAGAGAUAUAUACACUUCGCUAACAGAUUAACAGGUUGGAAUGCAAUCAAAUCGAGAGUCGAUCAAUUGAACUUGAAUUUGACGGACGACCAAAUCAAGGAGGUUACUGCUAAGAUCAAGAAACUGGGUGAUGUGAGACCGCUAAAUAUUGAUGACGUAGACUCCAUCAUCAAGGAUUUCCAUGCUGAAUUGGGUACUCCAAUUUUAAAACCGGUAAAUAAGGGCACUAAUGAAGAAAAUAUAGAUGUUUCCAACGGGCAUUUAUCUAAAAAGGCGAAGGUUACCAAAUAA